UCAUCGGACGGCGCGAUGACGUCCUCGGACGGCGCCCUCGUUGCUCCGGAGGCGAUGGCGGCGGCUCCGGGUCCCCGGGAGGAGAGCGCGGAGAGGCGGCGACUGCUGCGCGCGGUGACCCGGCUGCAGGCCGGGGUCCGGGGCUUCCUGCUGCGGCGGCGGCUGCGGGGCGUGCGGGCGGAGUACGAGGAGGUGGUGAGGGAGAUCGAGGGGGAGCUGAGCGAGCUGCGCUGGACGGGCCUCUGUCUGCCCAGACCCGUCUUCGUCUCCGAGCCAGUGAAAGAGAAGCGCUCACCUCUGCGAGAAGCUGUAUUGAGUGACAAGGACAGCACAGAGAAAACACAGCAGGAACUGGAUGUUCCCAAACCAGAAUGGGACUGGGGCUCCAGCAAUAGCGUGAAACCUACAGCCCGGCUGCAAAGUGAGAAAGAACUGAGUUCUGUGGGUGAAUGCAGGGUAGCAAGCCCUGCAAAUCUAGGGGCAGUCACAGGUAAAAGCACUGAAAAAAGGUGCAGUGCCCCAUCGGAGAGCAAGGAGUGGCAGAACAGCAGCAGCAUUUCAUCUGUAUGGGACAGCACUGAUCUGGAACCAGGCUCCCUCAAAGCCUGCCUGGAAAUUCCACUUGUGGAUGUAAAGGAGCUUCCCCGAACUCGGCCUGGCCUUCAGUCCUUCAGGAAUCACUUGAUCAUGGAGCUGCUGUGGUUGCAACAAGCAAUUGACAGCCGUAAAAAUUACCUGAAGCUGAAACAGAGGCUGGAGUCUCCUGACAGCUAGGAAGGCAUUCCUGAGCACGUAGGAUGUUUUGUGCUGCUGUGGGGGAGCAGAGGAGCUGCAGCAGCAAAGUCACAACAUGAUUUCACAGCAGCACCCUGGGGAAACUCCAACUCUGUGAGCUGAUGUUCUCCUAACCAGAUUCACGUGGCAAAAGACUUUUGUUUCUUUUAAAUGGGAGUAUUUGGUCAAAGCAGGAAUGAAGUGACACUGUGACACUAAGGAGGUUCUGUGUCUUGGAGGAAGUCCUCCCUCCCUGAGAACCUGUCCUAAGGGUAAAUUGAGGCUGGGAAAGUUGUCACAGAAGUUCCACUUUGACCAGCUCCUUGCUUGUGGUGGAAUUAAAAUGCCUGAAGGCCACA